GGCAGCUCCCUCGAAGACAUUUUUCGAUCCCGUCUGGUUCGUCGGUGGUCCUGCCUGCGUCUCCACGGACAUGUUGGGUCGCCAACGUUCGGCUUCAUGUGGUUCAUCCCCAACGGUGACCGCUUGCGGCCUGCCGGCAUCCCCGACGUCCAGAAGGUGUCGUCUCGCGUCGUCGCGUUUGGCAUGCCGCGGGAAUUCUCCCAACGGUCGGCAGAUACGAAUAUUUCAGGCGGCACUGUCUCUCCGAAUGACGCACUGCUGUUCGUUACCGAAGACGACACCUUCCGUUUGUUGGAACGACCGUUUGCAGCACUGUACUUCGCUGUUAUGUUGGCGCCCGCGUUGUCUUCUGUCUGCUGCCGUCGUCGUCUACUGUUUCAUGGCUGACGUGUUCCGCAGGCUGCCGCUGCUGCUUCUGGUUGUCCUGUUGCUGCUCCUCGUGGUUGUCUUCCACGUGUAUAUCCUCGGGAACGUACCGCGGCGUCGACGCAAAAGAAGGUCUUCGAUGAAGGACUCCAGGACGGAGGCACGGCAGGCGAUCGCCAGGUCCGGAGGGGAGCAGGUCAGCGGGAGGUGGUGCGGGGGAAGCCCGUCAACUAUUGGGAGGGCGUCCCAGCGGGUUGGGUAUGAGGCAUUGCCACCGCACUUGCAACCACUCCCCGGCUCAUCAGACGAGGAGGAGGAGGAGAGACGGCCACGCACCGUGUCGUUGGGCCGCGGAUCGACGCAGGAGUGGGAAGUUAUGGAGCUAUGCGGGACGGGCGGCGGCGUGUACGAGCAGUCGUUCACUGAACUCCUUCGCCCGGGCCUUAGAGGCGACAAAGGAGAUGGCCGGAAGGAAAUGGACGAUCCACCUGCGGAAGCAGACGACAACGACGGGGAAGGCGGGGAAAGGGGGGGCGGUUACGUGUCGCCGUCCUUGCAGAGCGACAUGGUUCGUAAGGGCGGGAAGUCGAAGCCUUCCGGCCACAAUGGUCGUCCGCGGGCGAAGAAAGGUCAGGGAAAGGGGAGCGGUGGCGACGGCGACGGUGAUGCGGAGGAGAAGCGCAACUUCUGGGAUGUCGAGAAAUGCGGGGAGAAGUGGGACAAUCUGAUGCAGCAGUUCAAGAAAGUCCAUCAUUUUCAAACGUCAUCCGGGGGGGGGGACUUCUUCCAGUUGACGGCCAAGGAGAGGACGAGCAGGGGCUUCAAUUUCACUAUGGAUCGUGCUGUUUACGAUGAUAUAGAGGGGUCGACCGGGAUGAACCAUACCAUCCACCCGAAGAACGUGGCAGACACUAGUGCUUCUGGCGGUGUUCGUCUGCCAUCGACAUCGAACGCGGAUCCUGAAUCGUUGGCAGAUGGGGAUGGAGGUGCGGGGCGAGAAGACGACGACGAGGGGUUGACGCGAGGUUCUUCCCAGACGACGGGUACCCCCCCUGGUUUUGGGAAGAGGAAGAGCACGAGGCAGCAAACUUUCGACGCGCUGACGGAAUGCAUGGAGAAGCACGGGGUGCUAAUGGCGUCGACGAUGGAGAGUGCGAGCAAGCGGCAAUGCUCCAUCCAGGUCCGACAGUGCGAGGCUUUGGAAGCUGAAGUGGAAGUGCAGAGGAAGCACUAUGCUGCUCCGGACGAAGUCAACAAACUCAUGUGCCACGCGUUGUUGGAAAUAGUGAAGGCUAUCCGUGAGCGAAGUUUAGCGAGUGUCAUCGGAGGCGCGUUUGUGGGAACCGCCAUGUCGUUCCGUGGACGUGGAUGGGGGAAGGGUGCCUUGAACCAGGUCAUGGAGGUCACAGCUCCCGCGAAAAAGGGAAGCCAUCAAGUGAAGAAGCAGAGGAAGGUCGUCCAAGGCGGGGGCGUAGGUAGUGCGCGAGACUUUAACGACGAGGUGGUGGAGGAGGAGGAGAUGAUGAACGAGGACGACGACUUCGAAGAGGAAGAGGAACAAUCGCUAAAGAGGAAGCCAAGGGCAAGUUCCACGGGAGGGAUAAGAAUCAACGAGGGGGGGGACGGGACACCUUCCGCACGGCACGACGGUGGGGGUGUCGCAGGUGGACACCCUGACUUUAUCGACGUUGAACGCGAUGAGCCAAGGAGGGAGAUCAAGGGGCGUGUGAAGGAACGGGCCGCCGUGCAUGAAUCUGCGCAACGCAUGCAAACGCCCUCGAAAUGCCUCAAUACCCCGCCUGUAGACGUGGCGGGUAGUUCCCAACCGGCGGUCCAAGGUGGGGCGUCGGUGGUGCCGCGCGGAGGCGCUGUCACGACGGUGGGGGAGGCGGGGGAAGUUCCGAAGGCAGGGGAUGGCAGGGUGGUUGGGGAAGACGACGAGGCUCUGUUGCACAGGCUGCGCGGGACACGUGCGGUGUCACAUGCUAUGGAUGCUACCACCAAACUUUGGAAGGACGACACACGAUUCUGGAACGAGAUGCAGGGGAGCGCCAUAGUGAAGAUCAUCCAAGAAGCGAGCGCGUAUCUCGUGGCAGUGGCGCGGGAAGUGCAGCCUCCGGCUAUUCGACGGAGCAUCUCCCUUCCACACAACACCAUCCCCCAGCACAAAAUCGAGGAUGAAUCGGAGUUCAAUGCGGCGAAAGAGAGGGCGUUGAAGGUCCCGAUGUUAUUCCGCACCACUCUGGACGUGGAUAUGAAGUUGCCUUUGUGGUUUGUUGGCGCGAACAUAGUGGACAGGCAUGAGGACGACGAGUGCGCGGCUUACCAGGAAGCUUGUGUUCAGCGUCUGGUGCGGGAUUUUACGAGCGUAGUGGGCACGGUCGAAGCGAUGGACGGCGGUCGUGUAUCGUACGAGCGUCUGAAGGCCAUGGCAGAGGCGAUGAGGUACUUGCUGCCCGCAACAAUGUGGAUAAUGCGAAUGGCAGGGGACGAUCCAAGAUCUCAUUACGACGCUUGGGUUUUCGUGCAACUCUCUGCGAAGACGACGCUGCUUGCGUCCAUGAACCGUCAAUUCGACGCCCGCUGCCACAUCAUGCAAGUCGCGCAAGUCAUGACGGACAAGUUGGGGAGACCGCCUCCGACCUUGGCCCCCCCACCUGUCUACAUCCUUGAUUGGGUGUCAAAGUGCGGAGUCACUUUCUCGCACGACGCGACGUUGGCCUCCUCGAUGGAGGCGAAAAGGUUGGAUUGGCUGGGGACAGGCCCCCCCAAGGACAAGGGUGAGGACGACGACGGUGCUGACAAAGGCCAGGGGGGGUGAUGCGCAUAACAUCGCGAGAGGGAAGGGGAUGACACCGUCACUUCUUUGACGACGGCAGCAAAUGCAAGCAGUCACUCCACGCCAAGCAGAAAGUGUAAAUACUUUGCGUGCUCGGCCGUGGGGUGACGAUUCGCGAACGUUCUCUAUUUCGCCACGACCUGUCCAGAUCGUAGGUAGAGGAGGAAGGGGGAUUGCGGGAAGGGGGGGGGUUGGGGUUAGGGGCUUUUAUGCGGGCCAUGGGGUGGGUACUGAAAGGGCUUAUGGGGGAGACGGGGGCUUGUGGCAGCGUGGGUGGUUGUGUUUGGGGCCGGAGUAGAUGAGCAGGCAAGUAUCAUGGGCGGCGGCAGCUUCAUUUUUGUGGGCCCGGUUGUCGUUCAACCAUUGUUGUGUAUUAUUGUGUAGUCCUCGGCGAUUUUUUUUUUUUCUUUUCGUUUAUUGGGUCUUGCCAUGUUAAUGUUUUGUCUAUCGACCGGACAAACAAAUGUGCAAUGCUGGU